GAUCUAGGCACUACGGCAAAUGAAGUCCAGACGGAACUUGAAAAGAACUUCAGUCUGGCAAGCCGGUGGGGCUGCAUUCUGCUAUUGGACGAGGCCGACGUGUUCCUUGCGUCACGAGAGCGGAAAGACUUCAUUAGGAAUGGCCUGGUCGCAGUCUUCCUCCGUGUCCUCGAGUACUACUCGGGCAUCCUAUUCCUCACAACCAAUCGCGUGGGCGACUUUGACGAGGCUUUCGCCUCGCGCAUCCACAUGAGCCUGCAUUAUCCAAAACUCGACCUCGAAAAGACGCGCAAGGUCUUCAAGCUUAACCUCGACUUGAUCAAGGAGAAGUUUGAGCAGCAAGGGCGGAUGGGCAAGCUCAUCUUUGAGGAACAGGUCAUCCUCGAGUUCGCGGAGAAACACUACGCCGUCAACGAGCCCGAGAAUAUGCGCGGGCUGCGCUGGAACGGGCGGCAGAUCCGCAACGCGUGCCAGACGGCUCUGGCCAUGGCCGAGUUUGAGGCGUACGGGAAGCAGAUUACGGCCGAGACAGACCCGGACGGAAUGGUCAUCCUGAAGCGGGGCCACUUCACAACCAUUGAAAAGGCCUACGACGAGUUCGCCGUCUACCUCGGCAACGUCUACGGCAUGGACAUGGACGAGCGGGCGGCCGAGGCUAGACUGCGGGCCGAGGAGGCGAAGAAGAAGAAGAAGAAGACGAGCAAGGUAGCCGAGCGCGCACUCAAGGAGUCGACGACGAACACCGCCACCGUAGGCACGAACACGGUGCAUCCUCAGCCAGGCUCGCAU